AUGCCCAGCCUGGAGACAGGCGGGGGGAACAAGUUAUCGAUUACAACCAUUCCGGUGGAUACAGUAGACGAGGUCCUAGUACUUCCGGUGCAUAUGAUACUCAAGGCCCCAGCAGUUCCGGUGCAUACGUUAGACGAGCCCCCAGCACUUCCGGUGCUUAUGGUACUCAAGGCCCCAGCAAUUCCGGUGCAUAUGCUUACCAAGGCCUUAGCACUUCCGGUGCAUAUGCUGCUCAAGGCCCCAGCAGUUCCGGGGAAUACGUUAGACGAGCCCCCAGCACUUCCGGUGCAUAUGUUACUCAAGGCCCCAGCAGUUCCGGUGCAUAUGCUGCUCAAGUCCCCAGCAGUUCCGGGGAAUACGUUAGACGAGCCCCCAGCACUUCCGGUGCAUAUGUUACUCAAGGCCCCAGCAGUUCCGGUGCAUAUGCUUACCAAGGCCCCAGCACUUCCGGUGCAUAUGCUGCUCAAGUCCCCAGCAGUUCCGGUGCAUAUGCUGCUCCAGGCCCCAGCAGUUCCGGUCCAUAUGCUGAUCCAGGCCCCAGCAGUUCCGGUGCAUAUGCUGCUCAAGUCCCCAGCAGUUCCGGGGAAUACGUUAGACGAGCCCCCAGCACUUCCGCUGCAUAUGCUAUUCAAGGCCCCAGCAGUUCCGGUCCAUAUGCUGAUCCAGGCCCCAGCAGUUCCGGUGCAUAUGCUUACCAAGGCCCCAGCACUUCCGGUGCAUAUGCUACUCAAGGCCCCAGCAGUUCCGGUGCAUAUGCUGCUCAAGGCCCCAGCAGUUCCGGUGGAUACGUUAGACGAGCCCCCAGCACUUCCGGUGCAUAUGCUGCUCAAGGCCUCAGCAGUUCUGAAGGAUAUGGGCCAAUUGCAAGAAAAUUGCUAG